AUGGCGACAUUAAUUCGCACUUUAGCAGAUCAUAGUGAUGAUGUCAACUGCUGUGCCUUCUCAUCAUCGUGCUUGGCUACUUGUUCCUUGGACAAAACAAUUCGUGUUUAUUCUUUAAACAACUUUGCUCAGCUUCCGUACUCACCUUUAAGAGGUCAUACAUAUGCUGUCCACUGCUGCUGCUUCUCUCCAUCAGGACACCUUUUAGCUUCAUGUUCAACAGAUGGCACUACCAUGGUUUGGGACACUCGCGAUGGUCGGAUGCUGGCAGUGCUAGAGCAGCCCAGUGGCAGUCCUGUUAGAGUCUGCCGAUUUUCUCCUGAGUCCACAUAUCUAGUGUCAGGGGCAGCGGAUGGGAGUGUAGUUCUUUGGAACAUGCAGUCAUUGAAACUGUACAGAUCUGGGAAUGUUAAAGAUGGUUCUUUGGUGGCCUGUGCAUUUUCUCCUAAUGGAAAUUUCUUUGUCACUGGAUCAUCGUGUGGUGAUUUAACCAUUUGGGAUGAUAAAAUGAGAUGCCUGUAUAAUGAAAAAGCACAUGAUCUUGGCGUUACCUGCUGUGAUAUUUCUUCACAGCCAGUUUCUGACGGUGAACAUGGAUUCAGAUACUUCCAGAUGGCUUCUUGUGGUCAAGAUAAUCAGAUCAAACUCUGGCUUAUUUUGUUUGCAGACUUCUUAGGUGUUGAAUUAAAAUAUAAAUGCACAUUGAAUGGACAUUCUGCCCCGGUUCUGGCUUGUGCGUUUUCUUAUGAUGGGCAGAUGUUAGUUUCAGGGUCUGUGGACAAGUGUGUCAUAAUACAUGAAACUAGUACUGGCAAUACGCUUCAUACUUUGUCUCAGCAUACCAGAUAUGUUACAACUUGUGCUUUUGCACCACAUAGUCCUUUACUUGCCACAGGUUCAAUGGAUAAAACUGUGAACAUAUGGCAGUUUGACCUUCAGCAACCCUGUGCAGGAAAUACUGUAGAAAAUGAAUCAAAGGUGGCUGUUGAGGACUGGUCAGAGGAUGAUGUUUCAGCCUGGCUUUAUGCACAAGACUUAGCAGACUUUGUUGGGCUUUUCAAAGUGAAUAACAUUGAUGGCAAAGAACUGCUGAAUCUUACUAAAGAAAGUCUGACUAAUGAAUUAAAAAUUGAGUCUCUAGGCCUGCGCAGUAAAGUCCUCCAGAAAAUUGAAGAACUGAGGAUGAAAACGAUCUCUGUUACUAUCCCUGAUGAGUUCUUAUGUCCUAUAACAAGGGAGCUUAUGAAGGAUCCUGUCAUUGCAGCAGAUGGCUAUUCCUAUGAAAAGGAAGCAAUGGAAAACUGGAUCACCAAUAAAAGACGAUCUAGUCCCAUGACAAAUCUUCCUCUCCCCUCUCUUAUGCUUACACCAAACAGGACACUGAAAAUGGCUAUUAGUCGCUGGCUAGAGACUCAGCAGAAGUAUAGUUAA